AAAUGUCUUUUGAAAAUGCUUAAAAAAAACAAAAAAAGUCUUUUAGCAGUUUUUUUAUACUUGGUCCCGGGACAUAAUUCAGUCUCCACUUCAAGAGAAUCUGGCAAUUCACCUCUCCUUAACGUCACUGUACUCUGCAGUCUGCGCCACAACAAUGGAGGCUCGACAUACGAUCAUGGUGACCAACGACGAUGGCAUCGACGCUCCUGGCUUGCGAUCAUUAGUUCGAGUCCUCGUAUCCACCAAUCUUUACAACAUUCGAAUCUGUGCGCCAGAUUCACUUGUGCGUGCAGCGAACAAUCAGCUGUUAGCCAUGGGAUAACUUGGCGUCAUCCUAUUUCUGCGAAGAAUGUGGAUAUUGAGGGGGCAACGGCUUUUGCAGUUACAGGUACACCGGCAGAUUGUUCAUCUUUGGGAGUCUCUGAUGCUCUGUUUCCAUCAAUUCCUGAUCUGGUACUUAGUGGCAUAAAUAUGGGAAGUAACUGUGGUUAUCACAUUGUUUACUCUGGGACUGUAGCGGGAGCUCGAGAAGCAUUUUUCAAUAAUAUACCAGCGAUAUCGCUGUCAUAUGAUUGGGUUGGAGGUGUGAGCAACAUUGAUGAUUAUACUGUAGCUGCUGAGGCGUGUCUGCCAAUCAUAAAUGCAGUGCUAGCUGAGAUAAAAAGUAAAACCUACCCACAAAGAUGUUUUGUGAACAUAGACCUGCCAACAAAUAUCCGGUGUCACAAGGGUUACAGAUUGACGACGCAGGGUAAAAGUAUCUACAAAAUGGGGUGGCGGCAAGUUACUUCUACUGCACAAGGAAAAAUGUUGUCAACAAUGGUAAUGGAUAUGAACUCAUCAGAGUCUCUCGAUGACAGUUCGUCAGCAGUGUCUCGAGGCCAAAAAUUAUUCAGGAGAGUGGCGAUAGAACACUCAAUUGACGACACAGAUAUCGACGCUCGAUCUUUGCAAGAAGGAUAUAUAUCAGUUACUCCUCUGGGUGCAAUCUCGCCUGCAGAGCCAAAUUGUCAAGCAUACUUUAAAAAUUGGCUUCCAGGUGUCCUGGAUCGUUCAUUUUCAGCCUUGUGAUUAGUGCGCUACAUAUCUCAGCAAACCCAUAUCAUCCAUUCAUAAAUACUCUAUAUUGUUUAUGAUACCUAGCUCUGUUUCUAUCAUGUGCUGCAACUUGUAGAUUCAAGCAACUCAUUGCCUUGAAGCUUUAGUUAGGUUUCAGUUCAAAUAGGGUUUGAGUACCUGAAAUGUAAUAUUUCCAUGUCAAAUUAUUUUGUGGACAGUUUCAAAAAAGGGUAACUUAGAAAAUGACGAGAAUGAAGGCUCUUUGUGUUUUCUUUUA